GAAUCACUCAAAAUGCGUGUCUUCAUAAUUUUGGCCAUCUUAAUCGCCGUGACUGCAUCAGCAGAGGAGGAAAAGGAUUAUACGGCAUUCUUCAAGGACGAAACAAAGCUCAAGACUUCUAUGGACUGCCUGCUAGAUAAGGCACCUUGUGGGGAACUUCAAGGGUUGAAAGAUAAGUUCCCGACACUAGUGAAGGAUGACUGCGGCGCUUGCUCACCGGAACAGAAGACCAGGUAUGAUGUGGUGAAGAAGAUUCUCCAGGACAACUACCCCGAGUAUUACAAAGCUUUGCAAGACAAAUACCAGACGGAAAAUCCGCCAACAACCUCAAAAUAAAAACCAUAUUGUCAAAAAAAUUUACUAGUUUUAUAUUUAAUUGUCUUUAAGUCUUUUCAAGACUUCUCGUUGUCUAUCAUCUCAAC